ACCCAAUGUGAACGGGUAUAGCGCGUUAAACCGCAGACAAGAGGGGGAAAAGACCAAUUCCUCCUACCCGUUUUUUGUUUCGUUUCUUUUACCUUUUCUUACUGGUCCUUGUUGGGCCAGUCUUUGCGGCGCUAGGUCACUCGUAUUUUGGUGAGCAGUGAAGCAGUACUGUGACGACAUAGAGGAUGACAUCGUCGUCUCCCCCUCCGCUGGUCCCAAUCUACGGAUACAAUCACAUCCACCAUACCGUCGUAAAUCCAUCCAUGAGUAACAGACAAAUGGAGUCGCAGGUUGCCACUUCUUUCGAUCAACAACCUUACAUCGUCAAGAAAGAAUUCGCAUCAAACGGUGUGAGCGAUCAAGAGUACGACAAACAUUCGUUUGCACAGAACGAGGACUCGGCAAAACAACUUCCCGUGAAAUACGCGGAACCGGAGUUUAAUCCGUUACAAAUAUCGAACCAGGAAGACGACACCACUUCUGAUGCUGAAUUUUCUGCCGGUUUACUCUGCCAUCCCUUCCAUCCAUCGCAAGAUAGCGACCAUCACGGAAAGAGAGCAUUAAAUGUUGAAAAAAUUGUGGCUGACGUUGAUUGUUAUUGGUACAGAAGGAAUCUUGAAAACGUUGCAACUAUUGGUUGUCUUAAAAAGAAAAUACUAAGAUUAGAGAAGAAGUUAAAAACCGCUGAAAACCUUCGAGAUGUACAAUUUAAUGCUACCCAGUUCAAUGCUGUAGAAUGGAAGAAGAAAGAUAAAAACACACACCCCAAAAUCUUCCACUGUAAAACUUGCCCCAAGAAAUAUAAGACGAAACGCGGUCUGCAAUUGCACACAACAAUUAAACACGGCAAAAAUCAAACGGAUUGCCAAUUCACGGAUACGAUGACACCUCUCCCUGACGUUCAAAGAAAACAAGGCGACAGCGAUCAUCAUGGUCGAUAUUUUGAAAAUGGACUGCCUGUGAUGUCUCCUCAAGCUUCGCUUUUUUUGUUUCCAAGUGUCCAGUUGCCUUCAGUGUAAGCGCUUAAAUACACAAUGCUAUAUCUAAA